AAGGACAUGAAGCUGAUGGACGUGAAGCUGGGCCAGCUGCCCAGCUGGGUGGCCAUGAGAGACUUCACCCCCGGCGGCAUCGUGGGCGCCCUGCGGAGAGGUUAUGACAGAUACUACAAUAAAUACAUCAAUGUGAGGAAAGGGGGCCUGGCUGGGGUCACCAUGGUGCUGGCUGGUUAUGUUGUUGUCAGCUACAUCUGGAGCUACAGUCACAUCAAGCACGACCGCUGGAGAAAGUACCACUGA